GGAGCCUCAGGGUGCUGGGGCCAGGCGCAGGGCCGAAGUGGUGGGGUAGUUGGCCUCAGGUCUGUCCCAGGCACAGAGCGCGCUGCGGUCCUGUCGGCGCCAUGUCGUUCUGCAGCUUCUUCGGAGGCGAGGUUUUCCAGAACCACUUUGAGCCGGGCGUCUAUGUGUGCGCCAAGUGUGGCUACGAGCUCUUCUCCAGUCGCUCGAAGUAUGCACACUCAUCCCCAUGGCCAGCCUUCACUGAGACCAUCCAUGCUGACAGUGUGGCCAAGCGUCCAGAGCACAAUCAACCUGAAGCCUUAAAGGUCUCCUGCGGCAGGUGUGGCAACGGGUUGGGCCAUGAGUUCCGGAAUGAUGGCCCCAAGAAGGGGCAGUCCCGCUUCUGAAUAUUCAGCAGCUCGCUGAAGUUCAUCCCUAAAGACAAAGAAACUUCUGCCUCCCAGAAGAAGUAGGUGGGCAGCCCUCACCCACCCCAGAUGGGCACUGCAUGGUGGCCACAGUCCGGCCAUCCCACCUUGGAAUUGGAACCCCAGAUAUCCAGACAGGGAAGAGAGGUGGCUGAAAAAUCAGGAAGUCUCCCAGGACCUUGGCUCUGCAUAGAUUCUUCUUGGGAAAAGCACUGGUUUGCCGCCUAUGGGCCAUAUUCCGCUACCAGGACAGGCCUGGAUGACCCAGCUGUUGGCUUAUCUUGGCCUCUGGCUCACAGGAGCCUCAGGGAGGUGGGCCGUAGGCUUGGCUCAUCUGUGAAUUGCGGUGCACCCCCACCUUCACUUCACCUCAGCCCAGUGUCCCCUCCCUGCCUGUCUGGACUUACCCUUUUGGGUUCUAAUUCUGAGAUGGGUUCUGGCCCUCACCAAAGCUGGUGCCUGUCUCCCUCAGGCUGUGCUAGGAAACAGAAUGCAAACUGAGGUGGCCCCAACUGGCUGCUCUAACCCCAGUCACUACAUGAUUCACUCUGGUUAAACCCUUCUAGGCAGCCAGAGUGCUGAUGUUCCGUGACCCAAGGGGGAGCGGGCUGAUCUCUGGUCUCUCAGUUACGAAAGACAUCCUGACCCCCAUUUCACAAUCUGUGCAGCUGCUGCUUGCCUCAUGCGGGCGUAGGAAAGCAGCUGUUCCUCCAUUACCUUGACUGCACAAAGUGGGGGGCCCUUUAGCUUACAGCCUGCAGUUCACAUCUUCCCAGGGCACAGUGAUUACACCUUAUCACAUGUGUGCUGAAAUUCUUGCCAUCCAGGAGGGUGGGUGAUGUUGAAACCCUUCCCUUCCGUCUUGAAUCCUGUCCAGAGUCAUCAGAAUGAGAUAAAGAAACAAGCAAAACAUAAGGCUGUUCUGUUUGUUAUCAACACCAGAAAUGCCAGAAUAUAAGGGUCAGGCUUUGUACAACUGUUUCAUUUGUUCCGCAAAUAUUUAUUGAGUAUCUACUUCAUGCCAAGUUCCAGCUUUGCUGCUGGGGAAGCCGCCAUGAACAGGAUAGACAGGGGGCCUGCCCUCAAGGUGUUAUAGCAUAGUUGAGACAAUAAAUUCAUGUCAGAUGACAAGGGCUGUGAGCAACUACAGCAGAGUAACGAUGCUAGGAUGUGUGGUAGGGGUGAUUGCAGGGGGUGCUUUGCCUCCAUCCCAGCUCAUCAGUGACAGGUGAGAGAAGCAAGAAGAAAGUUUCCCAGGCAGAGGCACAGCACGUGCAACGGCCCUGAGACAGCAGCAAACUUGGCAAGUCCCAGGCCCUGUAUGAGGAGGUGUGCUAUAGUCCAAAAGAACUACAUGAUUUUUGCAAUUUAGAUUGACAGAAAUCUGGGGAAAAUGUGUGGGAAUGAGUGAUAAGGGGUGGGAUAAUGGUGGAAAGAACAUAAACUUGGAUCAGGCUGAAUUUAUUGAUAGGGGCUCACUAAGCAGAGAUUCUGGAUUUCAUGUUGAAGCUCAUGGGUUUAGAAAAGGUUCUAACAGUUUGUUUAGCUGGUUGACACACGGACCAAAAGGUGCCCCACACUAAAUGGAAUUGAAAUGCCAGACCUGCCUUGGUUUAGUAGAGAAAGGGAUCCAAAGGCUUUGGGAGAUUAGAAUGUUAGAGUGGAUUUGUCAUGUAAGACUUGCUCAUCCAUCCUGGGAGGGUCCGGAGGACACACCUUUCACCACCAUCGUGUGGAAUAAAUUUGUGAGGGGAGCCCCAGCAUCCUAUAAGAGCUCUGGGAUCACUCUUCUGUGUAGGUCAGAACUUACAUGAGAACUGCUACCAUGGAUCCCCCCCAAGCCUAAAUGCAAUGGAGGUCAUUGUAUCACCAAAUUCAAGGUGGGUGUGGUUACCGUAGUGGACAGCAGAAUCAAAGCAGCAAUCAGGAGAGUCCGACUCCUGCUGACCUAUGGCGUUGACUAGAUCAUGACUAGAAGUUGAAACUAGAAGUAGUCAACUAGAAGUGAAAUAGAUGGAAAGCCCACUGAAUUCUUACUUGAUCUGGAUAAGCAGAAUUCUAGGUCAAGUAAACACAAGUCUAACUUGAAUCGUAAAAGCAGUCAUGACCCCUGAAUCAAUACCCACACUUGAACCAGUUUACAGACCCAGAACCCCUUGAAUGAAGGGGAGGCCGGGACCCCUUAAGGAAGAACCUCGGUACACUGCCAAAAUGUAUACCAUUAAUCUUUCUCCCAGCCUUUGUUAAAGGGGCCCGUAUUGGGGAAAAGGGAAUAAUCAGACAUUUCAGGGACUUCUGGACACUGGCUCUAAACAUCCAGGAGACACAAGUGUCACUGUGUCAGAGUAGGGGCUUGUGGAGGUCAGGCGAUCAGUGGAGCUUUAGCUCACGUCCAUCUCACAGUGGGCCCAAUGGGUCUCGAAACCCAUCCUGUAGUUAUUUCCCCAGUUCUGAAUGCAUAAUUGGAAUAGACUCACUCAGCAGCUGGGAGUGCCCUUACGUGGGGAGGAGAGAGGAGCAGGCCCCAGAAGUGUGAGGGCAAAGGUGUUCCGAUAAGGCUGGAGUGGCUGGGGAGGGAGGAGGACAGUGGGGCCCCAGUGUCCCUGGCCUGUUCAGCCUGUCAUUCCUCAGUGAUGGGACUCUGCCCCUCAUUUGAUCCCCAGCCACAGGCAGGUGGGGGGUCACUGGCCUGUGUGGGCGGGGUGGGGGGGCGGGGUGCUGCUGGCUCACUUGUCCGGCCUUGGCAGCCUCUGCUCACUGCAACCUUGGGUGGAACACUUAACCUUUCUCUGUCUGCGGAACCUAGCCUGUCUCCUUGUUGGAUGAGGGCACAGGAGAGCCACAGCAGGCAGGUGAUAUAGAUGCAGUGAUUCUGAGAUCCCCUCACAUGUGGAGCCGGGAGAUGGAUGGCCACGGGCUGGGUCUGUAUGCCCGGGGGCAGAGGGUGGGUGUUUCAUGUGGAAUCAUAAAUUUACCCCCCUCCUCCUGUGGAUUACACCAUAACCUCUGGCCUGCAGCUCCAGUUCCUCCUAGAGAAACAAAAGAUUCUUUGAGAGCCCAGCCCUUUCUCCAACGCCCCCCCCCCCCUUGCCAGGUGGCCUCCAGUCACAGCCUUGCGAGCCAAGGGCUGCGUUCAGGGGCAGACGGCUCCUGGUAUUCUAUACCAAUAUUGGCCAAUAGCAGCGGGCAGGCUGGGGCACGGCAGGCCAGUGCACUCUGGGCAAAGGACCCGUGGGAGAAAAGAAAUUUGUGUGGACCCGGUCCAUCAACUCAGAGGGGCGCUCAAUAAACGCUUGUAGAAUGGAUGAGUGAAUUGAUAAUGCA